ACCACAAUGCAAAAUGCAAAUCCCACACCGCCUAGGUUCGUCUCACUUUGGUCUCAGUCAUGGAGUUAGAAAUUGUCACGAGACUAGGGGCCGCUUGUAGAGUCCAGCCAAAAAUACUCGAGAAUUUCUUGAGUUCGAGUGGAGUGUGAGUUUAGUUUUCAUUUCUCGAGAUUUCUCAGCGCAUUGCAUUACUCUUUAAUCUAAUUUUUUCCUAACCUAACUAAAAACUAAAUGUACUUUAUUAUGCUUGGGACGGACAGCCGACGUCCGAAAUCUUUAAUUGCUCAAAACAGUUAUCUUAAUAUUUAUUUUUGAUUUUGCAUUUUGAGAAUAGAGAAUAUAAAUCUACAAAUUCUAUUAGAGGUGCCAGAGCUUUAGAAAUGUUUAUUUUAAUUUGUUAAUAAUAAUGCGUUUUUUAUAACUAAUAUUUUAUUUCAAUUAGUUUAUGUUACUUGACGUAUAGAGACAUCUUGUGGUGACAAUGUUCAAUUGUUAGUUUCGACCGCUGCGCAACUGUUACUUAAAAAUGGUUGGAAAAUGGAAGAUAUUGUUUGUGAAGAGCUAAAACAUAUUGGUGAAAUGCCGCAUGACUCGAUGUAUUUACAAUGGGAGGCUGCAUAGGAAUCAGUCGAAACAGGAAUAAUGGUACUGAAAAUAUUUCUGGGAAUGUUACUCGUCCAAACUCUGGAAGCACCAGAAAAAACCACCCUCUGUGUCACGAAACAAUCCGCUGGAAGUCGGACGUCCCACUGACGGAGGGGCAACUGCGCAGCAAGCGCGAUGAGUUCUGGGACACGGCCCCGGCGUUCGAGGGCCGCAAGGAGAUCUGGGACGCGCUGCGGGCCGCGGCGGUAGCAGCAGAGUCCUCCGACUACGAGCUGGCCCAGGCCAUCCUGGACGGGGCCAACGUGUCCGUUCCUAAUGGCUUCCUGACGGAGUGCUACGACGAGCUGGGCGCGCGCUACCAAGUGCCUGUGUAUUGCCUGUCCUACCCGAUCAACAUAGUGAAGGAGGACAGUGGGCGGGACUCCCCGGCCGAGUGCUCAGAACCGGUGGAUGGAGGCACAGAUCUAGUGUUGAAGCUGCGACUGUCAUCUACUUGUGUUGAUGUAAAGUUGCCUGUCUGCUCUAAUGACUCUAUCGCCAUGGCCAAGAAGAAACUUCAGAGCCAGGAGGGGCUGGAGCCAUCGCGGCAGCGGUGGUUCUUCGGGGGCAAGCUCUUGGGAGACAAGCUUCGCAUCGAGGAGGCGAAGGUGCUGCCCGGAUACGUCGUGCAAGUGAUUGUGAAUAACGAACAAACCCUUCGUGCCGACAGCUGAGGAACACAAGCCACAUGCUCUCCAUCUACUUAUUCAAAGGCGUAAAGGUGGUUUUAUUUUUCAUCUAACAACAAAACGGGUUUUGUAUUCACUACUAAUUUUGUCAGAAACGAGACUGACGAUAAUUGCUUUUCAACCAGAAUCUUUUGAUUGACCCUCCCAAACUUCUCAUAAUGAUUAUGCACUCACUUCUGUUGCUUGUGGACUUUUAUUUUAUUUUGUACAUCUGUAAGUGAUAUUUUAAAAUUUCUAAAUUGUGCUUGUACAAAUAACUUAUGUCACUAUUACCGUUGUAUAUUUUUUACAAUAUGUUGCAAUCUUGCAUUGUAUAAUGUACACUAUGUGAAAACAUAUUUGUAGAUAAUAAAUUGUCUAUAUAGCCAUUUAAGAUGUAUACAUGUCACUGGAUAGUAUUUUUUAAAUUCUUAAUUACAAAAAUAUCAUAAAUUUGUGAGCUAAUUUUAAAUAAUAUUUUAUGUUUGAUCAUAAUAGUUUGAUGUACUUAAUGCGAGAGAUAAUGGAAGAAAUGAUUGUAGUGGAUCUGUGAAGAGUUAUUAGUAAAAUUUUAAUGAUGUUUAUAAAAAUUGGGUACUUAAUUUUUUUUAUUGGAAAGUCAAUAACUUUGCGAGUUAUUUGUAGCCAGUGUUAUGUUUCUUGUAAAUAUUUUGUAACAAAUUUUUUUUUGUUUUGGUUAAAGUGUCCAUUUCAUUAAGUUAUAGCUAGUGGUUUAUCUUACGUCAUUUAUUUAUAAAACUGUUGGUUGAUUGUGCCUAGUAGACAUCAGCAUUGAGAAUCUGUAGAAAAUGGCUAACUAUUUAGUGUAAUAACUUUUCUGUACACAGAAUGAAGUAUAUAGCUUGUAGCUGUAAAUGUUAUUAAAAUUUAUUUCAAUUAC